AUGAAUUCAACAUCAAGGUUAGCACUUGCCUAUGUAGCAGGUGGUUUGACUUUAUGGCCAUUGAUUCUGUUCGUGAAUAACAUUGUGUCUGACCUGAAACUUCUCAGCUUUGGGGACUCCUUGCACAAAUUAUGCCAGCUAGCAAUCACUUACAUAGUAGGAGGAUUGACUUUCUUGCCCAUCACACUUAUUAUUGGAUGGCACUUGCUACCACGGGCUCCAGAGAGCCCCGGACAACAGAUGGAACUUGAGGAAGCAAGACGUAGGGACGAAAGCAAAGCUAGGGGGGAACCGGAAGGCUAUAGAAGUUUAAUGGCUGGGCAGGUUUUGGAGAAAGAAAGCUCGGAUCUUAAGACGUACCACGAAGGAUGGCUUACUGUCACACGCGAGUACUAUCAAUUGCCACAAAUUGACUGGAGUGAAUCCCAGACACAAGCCUCAUCAGGUAGUUCGUUGGGUUCCGAGCAAGUCAGCAACCAACAGGCUCCGAAAAGUGGUAGCUUUCUCAAAAUGGUUAAAGGAAACAAGUCUGUGCCUGCCAAUGCGGAGGAACCUAAACAAGACACAACAUCACUCGAUGCGAAGAAGUUGAAAGCAAUCAGGAAGAAAAACAGAUAUUUUGCGGUCUUGAAACAUGGCAAUUUAUUUCUAUAUGAUGAUGAAGCAAAGAAGAACGUCCAGCACGUUAUAGUGCUGUCAAACCAUGUGAUAGGAAUCUGGCCCAGAGAGCUGAAGGAUGGGCAGCUUUUCACUAAAAAAGCUGCAAUUUGUAUAUUCAAGAAAGAUCCAGAGUUCAAUCCUGCUGCUCCUCAUGCCACGUCUCCUGAGCCCGAAAACCUGCUGGAUGUUUUGCAAGGGAAAGUGACUUUGGAAAUUCCACCAAAAGACACCUUCUUUCUCUAUGCAGACCGCAACACUCAAAAGGAGGACUGGUACUUUGCAUUACUUAGAGCAACUACUAAAGACGUGCCUAAGUCAGGCACUGCCAAAGACCUUCUCGAACCGUCUUUUAUGGCUCGCACAUUGCACUUCAUGACCGCAGACAUGAUUGAUUUGAUUCAAACCAUCAAUUCCUCGGAGGGCCAGCUGACUACGCAGUGGCUGAAUGCGCUGAUAGGACGUCUUUUCCUGAGCUAUUAUAGAACUGAGGAAUUCAAAGAGCUCAUAAAAAAUAAGAUCGAUGAACGUCUCAAGAAGAUCAGAACGCCAGACUUUUUGGACGACUUGCAAAUCAAAAAGAUUGAUGUUGGACACUCUGCCCCUUUUUUGACGUUUCCCAAAUUGCAAAACCUGACUCCAGAAGGAGACCUUAGUCUUCAAUGUCAUGUGCUUUAUCAAGGUGGUCUAGUGCUAGAGGUUGCCUCUAAAGUCUUCUUAAACCUUGGAACGAGGUUCAAGCAGAGGGAGUUUGAUAUCAACUUGAAAAUUGUGAUGAAAAAGCUGGAAGGUGACAUUUUGCUUAGGAUGAAACCCCCUCCAACCAACAGAGUAUGGUAUGGGUUCACAAAAUUGCCUGAGUUCGACAUGGUGAUUGAACCUGUGGUCAGUUCCCGUGCUCUGAACUACAACCUUAUUACCAACAUCAUUACUAACAGGUUCAAGGAGGCAUUGGGAAAGACUCUCGUGCUACCAUUUAUGGAUGAUCUUGUGUUCUAUAGAACAGAAGGUGAGAUCUUUAAGGGCGGUAUUUGGGAUAAAUCAGUACGCCCUCCUGCGACUGCCGCUUCGCCACAGCAAUCUCAUCCGGUUCCACCACCAUUACCAUCAAGAGAUCUUAAGACAGAGGAACUUGACAUAGACGACAUAGUCUUAGAAGAAGAUGACAACUCGUCUCUCAGCAAUUCACUCAGAGGAAUCACCAAAGAGUCUACCAGGGAUGACAACACGUUUGAAGCAGCCCAGUCAGUGACAAAUGAUUACGCUCCAGACAGCAGUUCCGUAUUGACCACAGGAUCUGGAGGGUCGUCCUCUUCUACGGCAAAUACAACCAAAUACAGAGACAGAGCGUCAAUGCUCUCGAAGAAGUUUAUGUCGAUCAACAAAGGACUGUCACUGGAUAGCAGUGUCUCAGAUAGCGUUUCUGAAGGCGCCCAUGGAGACGACCAAUCCAAGUCACUGGCUGCAUCCUAUUCCAAGCUCAAAGGGCUUUACUCAUCAACAAAACAAAAGUUAGUCGAAAAACAAUCCACGACAAGUCUCAAAGAAAUCAACUACUCUCCUCCUGAAAUGAUUUCCAACCGUCGAAUCAUCAAAAAAACAUUGCGUGCGACAGAAGAUCAACCAGAAGUUGAUAACCGAAAAUCAUCUGCCGACAUGUUUGCCAAAACGGAGAAAACAAGCAUAGAGUCAAUUGGUCCGCUCGGCUAUGAUGAGCAGCAACCAAAGACUCCAACGAGUCCAACCAUGUUUAUUAACGAGAGAUACAGAAGCAGUUCGUUUAGUAAACACGUUCCACCAUCACCUUUGGCAACUCCCCAAAAACUGAGAGCUGGUGAUCAAGACUGGGAAGAAGAGGCUGAAGAGAGGUUGCCUGCAGACAAAGACGUGGAUUCAGGACCAUCGACUGAAAGCGCGAUCGCAGAUGCUGACCAUGAGACAGUAGAUUCUACAUCAGGCACCAGAUUGAAUGAUACUGCCCCAGCACUACCCAGGGUGCCUCCACCACUUCCAGAACGCCGAUAA